ACCAAUAGAUCGAGACCCUCUUUCCCAUUUGUCUCCAUCUCUGUUGUUUUUCUCUCUGCAAUGGACGAAGUGAUGACGGCCGCUGAUGCGUCAUCGAGCUUUCGAUCGGCGUCAUCCGAUCCGUCCAUCAUUCCCUCCAACCUCCCUCUCCUCUCCGCUUUCCUCUCCUUCGCUCUCGCUCAGUUCCUCAAGCUCUUCACCACCUGGUACAAGGAGAAAAGAUGGGAUUCCAAAAGGAUGCUUGGGUCAGGUGGAAUGCCAUCAUCGCAUUCAGCAACCGUGACAUCUCUUGCGGUUGCUAUUGGCUUGCAAGAAGGAACGGGAGCACCUGCAUUUGCUGUUGCAGUGGUCUUGGCAUGUGUUGUAAUGUAUGAUGCUUCUGGGGUAAGACUUCAUGCUGGUCGCCAAGCUGAAUUACUAAAUCAAAUUGUGUGCGAGCUACCUCCUGAACACCCUGUCUCUAAUGUUAGACCUCUACGAGAUUCACUCGGUCAUACUCCACUUCAGGUUGUUGCAGGUGGCAUGUUGGGAAUCAUGGUGGCGUUGCUAAUGAGAAGUUCCCGUUAGGGGAUACGUUGUAGUGAAAUAGCAAUGUUUGUGCCUUGCCAUUCGAGAGUGAUCUCGUCGCACCUGCUCAAAGAAUUGGACUCCAAAGAAGAAAAGUUUUAUACCAUUGUGAAUCUAUUUACUGUAAGUCUGUAAUUGUCUUAAUUUGAUGUUUGCGUACUAGUCUUCAUAUGCUUUUGGCUAAAUUGGCUUUGUUUGUUAAUGCUUUUUAGGUGAUACUUUUUUUAUUUUUUAUUUUGUUUGAAAAAGUAUUAUGAUGUAAUAUAUAGAUAAAAGUAGUUUAGAAUGUUUUGUAUUUUUGAUUGUUUAUUAAUAAUUAAUAUGA